UUUCUUUUUAGGGACAUGUUGGCUUAUGUCUUUAUCCCUCUGAUUCAAAAAGAGAUGGAUGUAUUUCGCGAUACUAUUUGGAAUUCACACCGUGUGAGGAGCCAAAAAGGUGCUCAAGUCCCAAAAGGAGUUCCAAAUCACCUAUAUGCAUUUCCAGAAAACUAUGAUGCAGAGCAGAGUGGUUUUCCAGUUAAUAAACAGCUACUUGAUGAAGUUGCUGACCUCUCAAAAGUUACAACUGUUGGAGAUGACUUUUUGUCACCGGCUAUCAGAGCUGAAUGUGAGAGAAUCAUUCCCCACAUAGAAGAAGUUCAGCCAAGAGAUGGUGCAUUAUCAUAUAUUUUCCUCAAGUCCCAUUUUGUAGUCCCCUCUUGACAGGUGCUUUUUUUCAAUGCAUUUUAGAAAGUUUUACAUAAAAUCCCAAGUCAAUAAGAGAAAACUUGGCUUUGUUCACAUCAUCUUUAUUUGCACUCUUUUCAUUUUCAUAUAACAUGUCAGUAAAAACAUCAUUUUAAGGAUUAUUACAUUUUUUUUUUUCAAUUUUUAAUAUUUUUAAGUAAAAACAAAAUCAGUAUAAAGUCUUAUGUUACAAGGAAUUAUCUGACAUAACCUUGAAAUUUGAAAAAAUAUUUGUACUAUAUAUGUACCUAGAGUUAAUAGUUAUAACCGCACUUAAACUGUGCAACUAUACAGGAUUAUUACAUGUAAUACUGAUGUCAUAACUGCUUCAUUCAAUAACACAUACAUAGUUUUAUAUAAAAUAAUUGAAAUUGCAAUAAAAAGUUUUAAAUCCAACACAACUUUUAAAUUUGUAGAAGAUGUUGUUUACUUAGAAUGCAUAAAAAACAUUUUC